GGCUGCCACCUCUCCCUUCUUCAGUCCGGUUUAACAGAAUGGACAACACUGAAAGAGAAUUCUCAAGUUUACAUUAUGAGGAUAGCUCACUCACAAACAUGAGCCUGAAGAUACUGCUUUGAGGAACAAUGGUGAUGUCAAGUCGGUGAUAAUAUGGCUGUUCCCAAUACCUAUGGGCUGAUCUUUGCCUGUACCUGUGGCGUGAUCCUGGGCAUUGGGCUCUGUGCCAACCUGCUGGUCUUCUCUCUGUUUGCCAAGUACAACACGUUGCGUAGGAACCGCCUCGACAUCCUCCUACUCAGCAUGACUCUGGCUGACUUCCUCACCCUCCUGCUCAUCCCCUUCACCUUGCACUCCGCCAUCAGCCACUCCUGGCCUCUGGGCAACACCUCCUGCAAGGUCUACCAGUUCCUGCUGGCCUUCAGCCUGGCGGCCAGCACGUACUCGCUGUGUGCCGUGUCCAUGACCCGAGCCAUGAUCAUCACCAACCCGUACCAGCCGCCCACCAUGGACCUGGUCAUCCUCAUGUUUAUCCUGGUCUGGGCCCUCAGCUUCUUCAUCAGCCUGCCCUUGCGUAUGUUUGCCACCAAAGAGAGCAUAGGCCCAAACCUUGCAAACUUCACCUUCUGCCUUCCAACCAUUCAUGAGCACCACUACCAAGUGGUCCUAAGCCAAUUUGUACUUUACUACUUUGUUCCAAUGCUAGUCAUCGCCUUCAACUAUGUCCGGCUGGCUGUCUUUCUCCACAAGAGCCCUGUAAUGUCGGUGUCCAGUGCCAGGAACACCCGCCGUGCGUCUGUCAUGGUGUUCCUGGCUGCUGCUACCUUCUCAGUGUGCUGGCUGCCUGGUUAUGUACUGGAGCUGUGUGUGUACCUGGAGCUGUAUCACCAUGGACAGGCUUGGGAGAUGUUUUACUUUAUCUGUACUGUGCUGCAGUACCUGCACCCCUGUAUCAACCCUGUGCUCUAUGUGCUGCUGUCAAAGCGCUACCGCCACAGGAGGGCAGCCUGGCUCUUCAGCUGUAACAGGAACAGAGUGCAGCCACAGGUCAUCAGUGUCACCACAGACAGCUUUUAAAUCCGCCUCAUUUGUUCAAGCAUCAAGUAAUGAGUUGGUGGCAUUCAGGGAUUCUUUUUUAUGUUUAAUGUUUAUCAACUACUUUUGUGAACAAUAAGAUGGAUGUUUUUGUGAUUACUUUCUAUAUUUGAGGUAUAAAUGUACAAAUUAUUACUUUUUUCUUUUCAGGAUUGAGUAUAAUCGAAUUUUCAAAGACAUUCACUAUUCACAACAAAGCGCAUAAGUAAUUUUAGUAUCUGUAUUUAAUUAUUUUUUAGGGAAACUAUGUAAGCCCAUUGUAUUUAUCCCAUUACUACCACCUUAAUAAUGCAGACUAUAUGAAAAAAUAUGAUGAUACGGUGUAGUUUUGUCUUUUUAAAAGUGAUUAACAAUGAGCUUGUUUCAAUUUCAGGGCAGCACACUGAUGAAAUUAACACUAAAGUCUUAUUGCUUUGUUUCUUUUCAUUGUUCCAGAUGUUUCUGUCCCUUACAUUUUCUCUUUUGGCCCACUUUUCUUUUGUCUUACAUCCUAGUAAAAUGACAAUAAGCCUAAUGAAGCAUUUUGUGUAGCAUUUGUAUGCAUCCUGUAUACCAGUUUUGUCACAGGAUCAUUUCUUCUUCAUUACAAACUUUUUUCUUAAGAAAUGUUUUUAGUCUUCUGAGACAAUUGUAGCUUGAUAACUUAAUAUUUGUUUAAUGAGAAAAAAAUCAUUGUUGUAAUGAAAUAAUUUAUGUUGUAAUCAUUUGUCUUGAAUGACAAAAAUCACUAAUGCAAGAGAAUGUUCUUGUUAUAGCGAGAAACUGACACCUUUCAUUUUUAUUUAUUUUUUUCACAAUAGCAGGAACACAACGUCGUACUUUCCAAAUAUUUGCAUUUAUAGUGAGCAUAAAAGAUAGCGAUGCAGGAUUAGUUUUAGUGCUGUGUGCAAUAAAGGUACAUCUUUUCUUU